ACACGGAAUGAACUCUAAGUUCUAUAACUAAAUCGGCACGCAUGAACUGCUAACGUAACUCAAUUGAGAAGAGAGCGUCGAAUCAUCUAGAAACCGUCUGUAUUCCGGUUCAAAGGUUCCAAAAGCGUUAGUGCCGUGAAGUUUUCAGCAGACUGCAGAAGAUGGCAGGUCGGUUUCCAAUCGAUACAAAUUGAUUGGUCGAUACUUGUGAAACUGUUUUACCUCUCUUCUUGUCCGUGGCGCUGUCUACAGCACUGUAUGUUGUUCAUCGAAUCGUUGUAACAUGGCGUUUACACUUUGGGCACUUUUCGAGGCUACUAUGCUCUGUUUAAAUGCUGUUUGCGUCUUAAAUGAAGAAAGAUUUCUCGCAAAAGUUGGUUGGGCAUCAUGGCAAAAUGUUCAAGGUUUUGGAGAACCACCCACAGUCAAAUCACAAAUUUUGAAUCUUAUUAGGUCGAUACGAACAGUGGCACGAGUUCCACUGAUAUUUCUAAAUAUCGUAACAAUAAUAGUGAAACUUGUGCUUGGAUGAGAGAAUGAUGGUGUAAAUAGAUGGACAAUGAGCUGUGAGAAGCCAAAACAGUGAUGUACAUAAAUACAAAAUUAAAUUCUUUUAUUCCUACCUUUGUACAAGAGAGUAAAGUAUUUUUAAUUAUA